AUAGGUGGUGACGCGGCCGCCGAACUCACACAGCGGAAAAGCAGCAGCAGCCCAGACCGGACCGGAAGUCUACUUGACAGAACCGGAAGUACAUCCCGAACCACCCAGAGGGAGUAUGGGUCCUGAGCCCUGCUGGGGAAAGAAGAAGAAGCAGCAGCGGUCGGCCGGGGAGAGCUGACUCGGAGACUGGAGAUAGUGAGGCAGGACCGGCACUGAGAGGGCACUAACUCGCCCACGGGAGUGAGGAUAACAGAGACUUCAGACACUGCUGAGACACUGGGAGCUAGAGAUUUGUCAGAGUAACAAGGAGACAUCUAACGAGGAAGAGAGGACUCUGGGGCACGAGUGCUCUACCUGAGUACACUUUACCUUAGGAGUGACAGGAACCUAAGGAUCUCUCUGUAUACCCCCCCGGGGCAGAUAUAGUAUGGCAGGAGAGAGUGGCGACUACAGCUGAUCUACAGAGACAGCAACAACAGUAACAGCUUAUGGGACAGACACCCAGCAGUAGAGAGAGUGUGGGAAAAAGCUGGAGACUUACAAGGAUAAGGCCAAGGGAUUCAGAUGCAGAAUCCCCAGUGACAGAAGAUAACUGUACAGUGACAAGUUCAGUGACAAACUAGUCACCUUCUGAAGGACAGAUCCAGAUAUAAGGGGAAUGAGAGAGCAGAGAGUCUAAGUGACAGCAGUUAUACCUGAGCUAGGGAGUGUUAUUAGCCAUAGCUAGAGAGAGACUAUAGGUAGAACCUCAUAUCAAGUCUUAGACAUCUGUCAUAGGUAGACAGUCUAAGUGACAGCAGUUAUACCUGAGCUAGGGAGUGUUAGUAGCCAUAUCUAGAGAGUGACUAUAGGUAGAACCUCAUAUCAAGUCUUAGACAUCUGUCAUAGGUAGACAGUCUAAGUGACAGCAGUUAUACCUGAGCUAGAGAGUGUUAUUAGCCAUAUCUAGAGAGAGAGACUAUAGGUAGAACCUCAUAUCAAGUCUUAGACAUCUGUCAUAGGUAGAGAGUCUAAGUGACAGCAGUUAUACCUGAGCUAGAGAGUGUUAUUAGCCAUAUCUAGAGAGAGAGACUAUAGGUAGAACCUCAUAUCAAGUCUUAGACAUCUGUCAUAGGUAGAGAGUCUAAGUGACAGCAGUUAUACCUGAGCUAGAGAGUGAUAGUAGCCAUAUCUAGAGAGUGACUAUAGGUAGGACCUCAUAUCAAGUCUUAGACAUCUGUCAUAGGUAGAGAGUCUAAGUGACAGCAGUUAUACCUGAGCUAGAGAGUGAUAGUAGCCAUAUCUAGAGAGUGACUAUAGGUAGAACCUCAUAUCAAGUCUUAGACAUCUGUCAUAGGUAGACAGUCUAAGUGACAUCAGUUAUACCUGAGCUAGAGAGUGUUAUUAGCCAUAUCUAGAGAGUGACUAUAGGUAGGACCUCAUAUCAAGUCUUAGACAUCUGUCAUAGGUAGAGAGUCUAAGUGACAGCAGUUAUACCUGAGCUAGAGAGUGUUAUUAGCCAUAUCUAGAGAGUGACUAUAGGUAGAACCUCAUAUCAAGUCUUAGACAUCUGUCAUAGGUAGAGAGUCUAAGUGACAGCAGUUAUACCUGAGCUAGAGAGUGAUAGUAGCCAUAUCUAGAGAGUGACUAUAGGUAGAACCUCAUAUCAAGUCUUAGACAUCUGUCAUAGGUAGACAGUCUAAGUGACAUCAGUUAUACCUGAGCUAGAGAGUGUUAUUAGCCAUAUCUAGAGAGUGACUAUAGGUAGGACCUCAUAUCAAGUCUUAGACAUCUGUCAUAGGUAGACAGUCUAAGUGACAUCAGUUAUACCUGAGCUAGAGAGUGUUAUUAGCCAUAUCUAGAGAGAGACUAUAGGCAGAACCUCAUAUCAAGUCUUAGACAUCUGUCAUAGGUUGAGUGUCAGAGUGAGGCAGAAAGAUAGUUUAGUUACCGAAGGUAGAAUACUGCAGCACAAAAUCUAUGUGGAUGCCAGAUAUAAAAGUAUCAAGAGAAAACAAAACUCAAACCUUGUAGUGAGAAUAAAAUAUCCUUCACAAUUGAAUAUCUAAUUUCCCACAAGUGAUUAACGCCUGUGCCAAUGUACUUUGAUAACAGUUUGCAGAUUAAGAGUAUUACUUUUUGUGUUGUUGGUAAUACACUCAGAAACCAUAUUUAAUGUAAGGAACUGUAUUUAAGUUAACAUAUACCCUCAUUUUAAAACCUACUUAUACAUUUUUGCCUGGAUGUCAACAUCUUCAAGAAGUGAGUUGAAUCUGCACAACAAGCGAGGAGCACAUCCUACUUUGUGAAGAGUACCUGGAAAAUAUCUUUAAACAGUUACUCCUUUAGAAUCAUCUACUGUGCAGAAGUUGCCACCAGCCAAGGUCCUGACUUGAGUAAACUUUGAUUUCUUUGUCAGGUCCUAAAUUGUGGAGUACUCGAGUAUCAUCAGUCUGGAGUUCUUCCUAGGGGAAUUACAUCUUAUGUUGAUGUACUGUACUCUAUCUUGUGCUUUUUAUUCCUGGAUAACCCUGGAUUGCUUAGCACAUCACUUUUGGUUUUUCAGAUACAUCCUUUUGAUUGUUAUAUGUUUUGAAGUAAAAUGCGAGUUCGCUAAGAGAAGGACCUUCCCAAAGGGAUCCAAUGAGUGGAACACAGUCUGCAGCGUCCGACAGGCAUGGCAGUAUUUUGAACAGAGACUCCUCUACUGACAAAAAGCAGAAAGUUGAACGAAGUGUUAGUUCAUCCCAUGACUUUGAUCCCACAGAGAGCUCGUCCAGGAAGACAAAGUCUACUUUGGAUGAGGGUAGACAGGAAACCUAUGGCUUAGUUCAGCGCUGCGUGAUAAUCCAGCGAGAUGAGAAUGGUUUUGGUCUGACAGUCAGUGGCGAUAACCCCGUCUUUGUCCAGUCAGUUAAAGAAGAUGGAGCUGCAAUGCGUGCAGGAGUUCAGACUGGAGAUCGGAUCAUCAAGGUUAAUGGCACGCAUGUCACACACUCCAACCACCUUGAAGUGGUCAAGCUCAUAAAGUCCGGCUCCUAUGUUGCCCUCACAGUCCAAGGACGUCCACCUGGAUCACCACACAUCCCUCUUUCUGACUCUGAAAUAGAUCCAUUUUCAGUGGGCCAUAUCAUGCCACCACAAUCCCCUGGAACUCCAGGACUCCUGGAAAGGAUCACAAGUCCUGUUCUCAUGGGGGAAGAGAACAAUGUUGUUCACAGUCAGAAGUUGGAUAUUCUGAAGAAAAUGCUUCAGCAGGAACAAGAGCAGUUGCAGUCCUCUCAAGAAGAGUACAACAAUUCCCCCUCCUCAAAGCUUUUUAAAGACAUCAAAGAUACCAGGAAGCACAUUGGGCAACUGCAGGAACAACUAUGCAAAGCCAAGGGCCCCUCACAGACUUGUUCAGACCCUCUGCAGAUCAGCGAAUUAGACAUAGAUUUGGGGGAACUGAUGGGACGUACAGGUUACAGCAGUGGGGAUGGAUCACGUCCGAACAGUGACAUAGCAGAUAGCCCUCGCAGUGGCCAGCGAGAGAAGAGCUUUUUGGAAGAGAGUCCAGAGAAAAGUGAACUCCAAGACACAGAUUCUCAGUCCAGCAUGGGGAGUCCAUCCACUCGCAUUGGACAGACUAUUAUUGGAGCUGAGGAUGACGAUUUUGGCACUGAAUCAGAGCAGAUGAAUGGUCAGUGCAGCUGCUUUCAGAAUAUGGACCUUUUGAAAACGCACCCUGCUCACUUGGCUGUGUUUAUACAUCAUGUUGUCUCACAGUUUGAACCUGCCGGCCUGCUGUGCUACCUGUAUGCAGAUUUGUACCACCAAACCAACUCCAAGGAGACUCGUAGGAUCUUCCAAGAAUUCAACCAGUUUUUUCUAGACAGAUCAGCGAAUUUACGCAUUUCUGUCCCAGAAGACAUUGCUCUAGAUUUGGAAAAAAGGCGCCUGGAGCUUAUUCCUGAGGAAUUACACAGGCAGUAUGUCCAGACCGUACAGGAAAAACUGUGUCCAGAGGUGCAGAGACACCUUGAGGAUUUCAGGCAGAAGCGCAGCAUGGGGCUUACCUUGGCAGAGAGCGAGCUUGCAAAGCUGGACGCUGAACGCUUUAGAGAGCGCAAUACACUGGAAAAAGAGAAAGUCUGUGCAGAGUCUAUUUUGCAGAAGAUCGAUGAAGUCCUGUUGUCGUCACUACCCCAUGAGGAAGAAAAGAGCUCCACCGUGCAGUAUGUCAUUCUAACAUACAUGAAACAUCUUGGAGUGAAGGUUAAAGAGCCUCGGUGCCUGGAGCAUAAACGAGGACGUAUUGGAUUCCUGCCAAAGAUAAAGCAAAGUAUGAAGAAGGAAAAAGAGGGGGAGGAGAAAGGCAAACGUAGAGGUUUUCCAAGCAUCUUGGGGCCACAGCGAAGACCCAGCCGUCAGGACAGUAAUGCAAUUGGCAGGGCCAUGGAAAUACAGAGGCAGAAGCAUCCAAAGCACUUAUCCACAUCCUCGUCCAGUAGCCCAGAACCAGCAGAUGGCAGUAGAUUACGCACCAGUGGUGGUUCAGUGGAGGGACCAGACCCCUCACAUUCCAUCCACUCGCCUGUGUGUGUAGGUGGCUUCAGCUCUCCAGAUGGGGGCAAGGAUCAAGAACCAGCUGUAAAGCUUGCCGGGGAGGGCUCGUCCUCCGUAGAAUCGUGUGAUGGUAAUCCCCGUACUCCUGGUACUGUGUUUGAUUUCCCGUCUCCGCCUCUGGAUCUCCUGCAGGAGGAGGUUGGAGAAACAGACAGGUUUAAUGAACAGGACACUCCAAAAGCUUCCAGAAAACUGGACAGCUUAGUUCUUGGUGACACCCAUAGCGAGGACGAACUCUAUGAUCCAGACCUAGAAAUGGAUCCCCCCAACUGGCAAGAACUUGUGAGCAGAGAAAUCUUGAAGGACCUUAAACCACAUGAAAUCAAGCAGCAGGAAGUUAUACACGAGCUAUUUUAUACAGAACGGGCACAUGUACGCACUCUCAAUGUUUUGGACCAGGUGUUUCACCAGCGGCUGAUGCGUGAGACCAUCCUUACUUUACCAGAAAUCCGAAGUGUCUUCUCCAAUUUGGAAGAGAUUCUUCAGCUUCAUGUUGGUUUAAAUGAGCACAUGAAAGCAGCCCGGAAGCGGUAUGAAACAUCUGUAAUUGACCGAAUUGGAGAUGAUGUUCUGAGCUGGUUUAGUGGUGCUGAGGAGGAGAAGCUGAAGCAGGCUGUGGCUACCUUCUGCAGUAACCAGCCAUUCGCAUUGGAGAUGAUCAAGUCUCGUCAAAAGAAGGACCCAAAGUUCCUAAUUUUUGUUCAGGAUGCCGAGAGCAACCCCUUAUGCAGGAGACUCCAGCUGAAAGACAUUAUUCCCACUGAGAUGCAGAGACUCACCAAGUACCCUCUGCUGUUGGAUAACAUUGCCAAGUAUUCAGAUCGGCCUGAUGAAAAGGAGAAGGUUAAAACAGCAGCAAAACAUUGUCGCAGAAUUCUUAAGUAUGUGAACCAGGCAGUGAGAGAGGCAGAGAAUAAACAGAGAUUGGAGGAUUAUCAGCGCAGGCUGGACCUGUCCUAUCUUAAACCUGGGGAGUAUCCAAUGAUCGAUGAACUAAGAAGCUUAGACUUGACCAAAAGAAAGAUGUGCCAUGAGGGUCCUUUGGUCUGGAAGGUGAAUCGUGACAAGACAAUUGAGUUAUACACACUACUACUGGAUGACAUCUUAGUGCUGCUUCAGAAACAAGAUGACAAGUUAAUUCUUAGGUGUCACAGUAAGCUUCUGGCCUCCAGUACAGAGAUCAAGCAUAUCUUCAGUCCAGUCAUCAAGCUUAACACUGUGCUGGUGCGGCAAGUGGCUACAGAUAACAAAGCACUGUUUGUAAUCUCAAUGUCCGAAAAUGGGGCACAGAUUUAUGAGUUGAUUGCAAAUACUGUUUCAGAGAGAAAUGUUUGGCAGGACCUCAUAACUAGGAUGGCAGAAAAAUGGAAGGUAGAAGAUCAUAAGGCAGUAAUUCCUCUGCCACAGGCUCAUCCGGGGAUCCUCAGCGAGGAGGAACACGAGGAUGUAGACGAACACAAAGUGGUGCACGAACAACAAGAAGGAAAUGCCACAAGCACUGGCAAAGACUCAGACAUAGAAGGCACUGCACAGGAGCUUUCAUCUCCAUCCCUAAUGCACAGGGAUGCCUUGCAACCACCUUUGCAAAGUUCCAUCACAAAGGAUCAGCACUCUUCCCAUACUGUGCACAGAACAAGUCCGAUCUCAAGUCAAGCUUCACUGGAACAGCAUCCCCCAGAUCUUAGUCAGAGCAGCAGUCCCAUCACAUCCCAAUCUUCUGAGCAUUACAGAGCUAUGAAUGCGCUCAAAAACUUGGAUCUUCUUAAACAGCUGAUAAUUAAGCAACUAAUGCUCCUGCAGAAGGAAGAAGCAGAUAAUUAUAAACUAUUCUGUAGCCGGAAGAGAUGUGAUCAAGAAGGGGAAAAAGAUCACCUGUAUAUCCAGAGGAGAGGAACAAGGGAGACGCGUUCUAGAAGAGAUCUGGCUGCAGAGCACAGAAAGACAGGCAGGGUCUCUGAGCAUAGUGUCACUGAUCUGGAUCAACAAGGGAUGGCUUCUGAGGAGAGCGGCGAACAGUUCUUUGAUGCCCCAGAGCUACAAAACAAGGAGCACUUGGAAGGUCAGAAUAAAGGAAGUGAUGCAGAAGAGAUGCAGUUCCGGAUUUCAGGGAAAUACUUGUUUCUGGAUGGUUAUGAGAACAUUCAGGAGAGCUCCACAGAUGAAGACCUAUCCAUCUCUCACCUUACCUCUCAAUACUCCUUUCCUGAGCACACAGCCAGUUCACCACAGGUUGCAGAGAGACUGGGACCACCCAUUUGUGAGGCUUCUAUUCCUGGGAUCUCCUCAGAAGCUUUCAGUCAAAUGUUACAUUACAUUGGAAAUAUUGAAGCUGACCUACAAGAGCUUAAGGGAUGUGAAGUCCGUUACCAUGCACUCCUCCAUCGACUCUCUACAUCAGGACUUUCAGAAGGGGACCCAGAUAUCGCAAUGACCGAUAAAGGUUAAAUCCAUGCAUACUCUUUGACCUUAUCCUUUGGAUCCCAGAUGAUUGGAAGGGAUCUACAUGCAGCCCCUUCUAUACCUGGGGAGUACACAGCAUAUAGCCUGUGCAUUCUCUGACCAGCACACUCCAUUCACUCCCAUAAUGCCUGCCCACAUAACCAAACCAAAUGUACAGGCGUGGGAAUAGGAUAGAACGUAUUUAGCCAUGUCAAUGAGAGUUGAACAAAAAUGAGAAGAUGUAUUUAUUUGUCUGAUUUAAGGCAUAAUAUUAUUAUUAUAUUUUUGGCUUAUUUUAAUGUUUCAAGAGAAGUUUCAACCCUUUUAGUGUAUGAGAAUGAGGUGUUACAAUGGCGGGUGCAGAUAUUAUACAUCUGCCAGUUGCACUUGUUUUUUGGGCAUAGUAAAAGUGUGUGCCCAUCCCUACGUCUGGGUUUGAGUUUAGAGAAAAUGUUUCUACCAGUUAUAGUAACACCAAAUCGAUAGACCUGUUUCAUUGAGUUUUUAGUAAUGAUGCUGCUUUUCCAGGACACCAGCACAGCUUGCCAAAAACACUACUGAGCUAGCCAUGCCCUUACUGAGGCAGGCACCGGCACCAAGAACAAUGUUUAGGGCCAGUAAUGAAAUUGCCUGGUUGCUUGACUCUGUAUUUGCACUGACUGUGCCGAGGUGCUUUCUUCAUUUUUAUCUUUCUAACUGCACACUUCAUCAUGAGUCUAGAAACAGGAUUUAAAGCCUCAUCCUCUCUCCCAACCAAAUCCUCCUACUGCCAGGAACAGCUCUCCCUCUACCAUCAGUAGAGACUGCUGUUUAAAAAGCCGUCCUAAAGAUCCCUGCAUGAGUUUGGGAGUGGAAAGUGUUCAACUGCCCCUCAUCAGUCGGCAGCACAGAGAAAGAAUCAGUAUUGAGCUAUUAUGCAUUAAAUCUGCUUGCAGCAAUAACAUAUACACCACAUGGGACUCCUUUUUAAUAUAGACAAUCACUUGGGCAGGAGAAAAGAUUAUUAUUUACUAUCAUUACCCUGUCUGCUGCUGAGAAUAUAUACGUUAGAUUUGUCACCAUGGGAAGAGAAGAUUCAAAGCUUCUGGAUAAUUUCACCAGCCUUCAUUUCUAUGCCAAUAGCACACCACUGUUAUAGACACCGCCAAUGUCUUCAACCAGCAAAGAACCUUUGGAGCAGCUGGUUCAAGAGCCCCGCCCCCUUCCAAGGUAGAACAGGUUGUGGAUUAGAAUGCUCCAUUGCACUACUACAGCUCUUCCUAAGCUGCGUGUUCCCCUUAAAGGGAGAAUUCCUGAACACCUUUUGUAUUUUUAUUUUGUAUAAGAAAUGUCUCUUCCAGUUGUAUUGUCUCUGUACAUCAGUAUGUACUCUUAACAGUUAAAAACCAAGCUUUGGGGAGUCUGUAUUAACAUUUAUAUCAUGCAUUUUAAUGAUUAUGUUUGGGUGUCUGACCUAUAGUUACCCAGAUGUUUGUAUGUGAGAGAAUGCUUUUCAUGCAUUAUAGCUUAUUAAGUUGUAUGUUUCUGGAAUGAAAUCUCAUAUUUUCUUUGUGGGGGAUGGGGAAGAGUGGGAAGUAAUAUUCUGAUAUUAAAUAAGCUUACAGAAAA